AUGGUCGAUAGUUCGCCUUCGGCAUCUCAUGCCAGCUUUCUAGCGGCAGUCUCUGACACAAUCGCAUCAGUACAUAUCAAAGCCCAAGAUGUAAUUGACGCUCAUCACCUUAGUCCUGUACACCUAAGCAGUCUUGCCCAAGAAGAGGACGAUUCUGUGCUUAACACCAUUCUCAACCAUCUUCCACCCUACGAAGAUGCCCAAGUCCUUGUUGACGUGUUCUUCACGUUCCUCGAGUCCAACUGGUACUAUUUUGACGAAAAGUGGUUUCGCAAUUUGCUCACAGAGAUGUACAUGAACAAAGCUUGUGCAACGCAGCAGAAGAAAUGUACCACCAUUUGUCUUGUGUUCCUCGUCUUGGGUCUUGGGAGUACGUUUGAGCAUCUAUCCAGGGCGGUCAACCUGCUCAAUACCGACCGAGGGAUUCCAGGUAGCACGUUAUUCGUGCAAGCCACAAAGCUUAUGCCGAGAGUGAUUGCGGCUAACUCAGUCGAGAGUGCAAUAUGCUGUCUUUUGACAUCGUUGUACCUUCUUGCAACUGAGGACAUACCUCACCACCAUAUAUACCUGGGGCUGGCUUUGAAUUUGGCCGUCGGUCUCUGGUUGCAUCGUACGGAAAUAGGAAACCACGAGACACCUCGAGCUCAUGAGAUGAAAGUCCGACUAUUUUGGACCAUCUAUAGCAUUGAACGUCAAACAUCUGUCAUUAUGGGGCUUCCAACCAUGCUACAACUAAAAGACAUUACAGUCUCCCUCCCGCAAAAGCGACAGGACCUCGAUCAAACCGGCUCUCAGCGAGCGGAUCGCCUCGUCGCAUUCAUCACGCUAACAAUGGUAAUGGAUGAAAUCAUCAACGCCGGCCCCAUUGAACAAAGCUCUACGACCUAUGAAUGGGCUUGCUGCAAGCUGGAAUCUUGGAAAAAAUCAGUUCCGGCUCACUUCCUGUUAGCCCAAGAGUCUACAUUUCGAGCUAAUGCUCAUCUUGAUAUCGUGUACAACAUGAUUUGGGUCAACAUCGGCCGCGGAGCUACACUACGUCUUGUUCGCAGACGACUGUAUCCUAUAAUGGCUGACUCGAGAAGCUCGGAGUGCGAUAAGAUAUAUCUCCGAUCACAGAAACUGGCAGAACGAUGCAAAGAGUCGGCCAUAAUAGUCGUUAACUGGAUUGGUCAGCUGCACAGUCGUAACCUGCUCGCCACAUUCUCCUUUACAGACAUUCACACUUGCAGCUCGGCUGUCAUCGUACUCCUUUUGCACGUUUUACUCCGACCUAGCUAUCAUCAAUUGUUGCCUAUCUCUUGUGGCAUAGAGGCCCUGGGCUUUAUGGCAAACGGCAGUACGUUGGCAAUGAACGCACUGCGACUUGUUGAACGCCUGCAAGAAGGAGUUUAUAAGGCUACUGGCAUGGCUGGUAGAGACGGUAUUCUUGACCAGCAGCUAUCAUCCCUGGCAACCCCUGACCAGAACUCAUCGCCAAGCGAUACCCUAAAUCUUGCCAGGGACUUUCCACACGUUGCUGCUGCGAAUGAUACUUCUUAUUACAACACCGCCCCUGAUAUUGCCCCUUUUGACCUGAAUCUGCUCGCUGACCUUGACCCGUCGCUGCUCGAAUAUUCUGAACAAUACCUGACGCUAUUCGGGUUCGACGGCUUUGAUUCUACGUUUGAUCCGAAUUUUUCGAUGUAG